UGUCUGCUUUUCUCUCCCACAGAUGACAAACAUCAAGGAGAGGUCCAGAGUGCAGAGUCAUCUCCUGCUCAGAGGAAACACAGCGUCUACUCUCCACCCACCAUGAAAGGCAGAGAGCCCACAGACUGCUGUAGAGGCCACGGUGAGGACAGAGACAGCCUGCCUCCUACCAGACUGCCCCAGUCCCACACAGACACACUGACCCUAGCAGAUGAGCUAUCAGGGGAUCUGCCACGACUGGCAGACACACCAAGGCGCAAAGACACCCCCUACCAACACCAGCCUCCCUUUACUCCAGGGGUCAAGCUGUUCAAGAGCCAAUCAAAAGUAUCCUUCCCUGAGGAGGAGGAAGAGAAAGAGGAGGAGGGGGAGGAGAAAGAGGAGGAGGAAGACAAGCAGAAGAACUGGGAUCCAAAGUGAAGAGGAACACAAACUGUAGAUCCAUGUUUCUGAUGGUUAAAAGUUCAAACACAUGACUGGGUUAAGAACUCUUGGUUAGAAAUGUAUCUACACUUGAUCAGGUUAUCAUUUCUAACCUGAUAAUCCAUUUUAUUCAGCCUUGUAUUGUUGAGGUCAAGAAAGGACAAUUUAAUUAAUUUCUCUGUAUCUCAAACUCUUCUUUUAAGUCUUGGUUAUGUAUGGUUGAUUAUCGUUAUAUAUUGUAAUAAGAGAGUAUGUGGGGAAUAUCAACAGCAAUACUGACUGAUAUGCAGUUAACGUUCACUGGAAAUAUACAGAUUUUAGUUUUCAUUUUGUUAUAAAAGAAAAUAACAUCUACUUCUAUUUUUGGCAUCUCACAUUGUCAUCUCAUAAUGUAAAAGCACUUGCUGAUAUUUCACAUAUAUUUUUGUAGUAUUUUAUACUGAAACUGGGCUUUUGUGCAUACAGUAUAGCAGACUUGUGUACUACACUGAGGUACGAACAAAGACAUCCUGCAAACAAGGGUCUUUUCUGGAGUGUCUUAUGUCCUAAUAAAGUUACUCAUUUUAUGAACACUUGGCGAAACCUGUAUGUUUUUUCAUCAUUCAUUAUUGUACAAAAAUGACGAACAAAUGUCCUUUCAAAAGCCUCAUGGACACGUAAUAUAACAUCUAUUGCCAAACCCUCUCUUCUGAAUGGCAGGCAUCAUUAUUUUAGUAGGCUAAUUGUUAUCUCAGCAAAUGAAUUAUGGGAAGAUUUCAUAACACAAAAUAAAAAUAUGUACCCAUA